CGAAUAUAAAAUCUCACGAUUAACUGCGAGACUUGGAUAUCUCUAAAAAAUUUGGCCGGUCUAAAGAGCGACAUCCGAUGGAGGGACCGACACUCGGAGAUGCACGGGUCAAGUGAGGGGGUCCUACACUUGGAUGAACUGGGGGAGGAGAGAGCACAGUGAGGCUGUCAUGUAAGCCGUCUCCUCUGGGGCCACCUCUCGGUGCAUUCUGCUUCCUGCCUCAGGUAGAAGCCUCAGUGUUUCUGCUGCUGAGGCGUCAGGCUGAUUGCUUUCCUCUUCCUCCCGCUGAGAAGGAACCACUCUCAAAGCACUGAAAUGGAGAAGAGCUGCUCAGAGUGCUCAGUGCCGACACUUGCACACAGCCUGUGCACACUCUGCAACAAGUGGUUGUGCUACCAGUGCACAGAUGUGCAUCAGCAUCAGAGAGCCCCUUCCACUUCCCAGUACACAGACAUGCACCAGCAACAGAGGCCCAGUGCCACCCAGUGCCCUGACCUGCACCAGAGAGGCUCCAGCUCCUUGCCUCCAACUGGACAAGGCCCAGGGUCGUAUCCUUGUUCCCUCCUCAUGUGCCACUCUCACAGACAGGAGCCCUUGGAGCUGUUUUGUGAGUCAUGUGACCUUCUGUGCUGUAGCAUCUGUCACCUGUCCUCCCACAAAAACCACAGGGUGGUGCAGAUUGGGAAGGCCCUCCAGGAUCAGCAAUGGCUGUUUGAGAGCCUGGUGGUGCAGGUGGAUGAGAGGAGGUCUGCAGUGGAGAACAAUGCCAAGCAGAUAGAGGACAGACUUCAUGGAGUAAAGAUUGCACACAGGAAGGCAGAGAACCAGAUUAAAAUGGCAAAGAUGAUUAUGAUGAACGAGCUUAACAAACGAGCCAACCUAUUAAUAGAGCAACUGGAGAAAAUCUCGGAGGACUUCCAGCAGCGUCUGGAGGACCAGCUGCAGGGGGCAAUAGAGAUAUGUGGCCAGCUGGACCAUGUUCAGAAGUUCAUCACCUGGGCUACGACCCACCACUGCAGAGGCCCGGUGCUCUUCAGCAGGGCUCUGAUUUCUCUCCAGAUGCAGCAACUGCUUGAGUCGUCUCUCCACUCAGACUCUUGGAGUCCUGUCAGAAUUAAAUUCAACUGGGAUGCUAGUUACUGGACCAAGCAGAUUUCCACUUUAGGCCAGCUGACUGUUGAAGGGGGAAACUGCACUUAUCCUCAGGGCUUGGCCUGCUCCAGUAUUCUGAGGCCUCAGCCUAUCCCCUGCCUGUCUCUGCCGUCCGUGUGUCACAGAGGACGAGAACCAGGCUGUGGGUACCAGAACUGCUGUGAGCCCCAGAUGUGUUGCCUGCAUGCCAUUCCCUCUCAGCCAGAUAUGUCCAGUCUGGAAAAAAGCCAUCUGGAAGCCACACUUUAUAGCUCUAGCUGUGUUCAGCCUGCCCUUAUCUCUGCCUCCUUGCACCAGAACCAGCAGCUCCAGAGGUGCUGGGACCCAGACAGCUCGUCGCAAUGUCCUCCCUCUUCACCACCUGUCCCAAUCAUGGGACCCAUCCAGCUCAACUGCAGUCGAGGAUCUACAUCCCAGUCACCAGCUGCCGCCUCUCAGCUCCAUUCUCAAACGAAAUCUUAUCUCUAUCGCCAACAACAGAGGAAACUUCUUCCAAACGGCCAGGCUCAGCCAAGUGCAGACCGUAGCAUGGCAGGCCAACGUCAGAGGAAGCUGUCGACAAGCACGACUCUGCAGCAGGAUCUCAGCCACACAGCCGUGGACAGAGAUGUGAUGACUGAAGAGAACUGGGAGGAGAGAUGUAGAGUAGAGGAGGCUCGUGGACAAACGGCAGCAGUUGAAAACAGAGAGCUGCUGGAUGUUGAGCUGCAGCAGGACAGGAGGGAGCAGAGUCCUGUCCAACAGCAGCAGCAGCAGCUUCAUGUUCCUCUUGCAGCAGAGCUGAGAAAAGAGCUGCAGAGAAACAGACCUGGACUAAUGCUGAGAGACUACAUAGAUGUCAGGAGAUCCACAUCCCUGGAGGUGUCGAUGACAGCCCACGAGUGUGCAUCUGAUGUGCAGAGCAGCAGGCUCAGCCCCACUUUAGUGUGCACGAGGAGGGAAAGACGCUCCCAGAGCAUCCCGGCAGAACUGGCAGACCCAUCCACAAGCCCUUUCACUGAAAGGCCCACAGGAUGCACUCACGGACUACAUGCAGGAACUGCAACUAAGUUUGUCAGUAUGGAUCCCAGACAGAGGAGAGCAUCAGAUGGUGUGCUUUGUGUUGUGAAAGAAACUUCGUCUGACACGGCGCCCUCCAGAGGCCACCGGUCUCCUCUACUGUCCUAUAAGACAGAGCCAGAUCAUUCUUUUAUUUAUGUAAAUGAAGAGAUUGAUGAGGCUAAGGGGAAAGGCAGGGUGGCAAGAAAUGGCGACAACAGUUACACAGAUGUUCAGAAGGACUCAGGAAGGCCCAGGGUUCCAGUGGUUUGCUUGGAGCGUCUCAAAAUACUUGUGUCUCAACUCCCCCCACAUGGACGCCGACAGAGCGACCCUUUACCUUCCAGCGGGGCGGAGAAGAGUGAAACUCUCCCGCAGCAGAGAACCUGGCAUGAUGCAACGCCUGAAGGCAUAGCUGGAGGCUCUGAGACCACGAGGCCCACCCGCUCACUCACGGUGCCACCAUAUGCAGAGCGUGAUCAGUCGACCGCACACUCGACCACCAGUGAGUUUGACAGCCGAGGGAGAAUCAGCUGUCGUAAAGCCUCCACGCUUCCGUCUGUUGACCCUAAAUAUGUGCCACAGAGUAACUCUGCAUUGGAGCUGGACUCAGACUCUGAUCCCACAUCAGUCUCAGAGGAGAUUGUUUCCAGGGAUGAACCAGACCCACAGCUAGUCUCAGAUGCAUCACCAGAUUCUGACCCAAAUGCAGAGUCUUCAUCUGAGGCUGAACUUGAAUGUCUGACUGAGGAGAAAUCAGUGGCUGCAGGAAAGAUGGGGCUCUGCUGUGAAAUUGAUAUCGCAGGGGAUUCAGAGCCAAGUGUUGAAUACGAGGCAGAGCCAGAAUCAGACGCAGAGGCGGGAUCAGACGAUGGCCAAGGGCUGGACGCUGAUGCGGAAUCAGGUGAUGCUGAAAUCGAAUCAUACGUCCAACCUGACUAUGAUCCCAGCUUUCAGGCAGAGACUGACUCUGACGUUGUAUUCGAUCAGCCUCCAGACUCUCAGGGCUCUGCGGAGUCUGAGCUCGACGUAGAAUCUGAACCUGAACUGACAAUUGACGACCCGCAACCGCUUCGCUCUGACCUGGAAGAGGAGACCCACGUUGGUGCUGCUCAGAGGCCGAUUCUGAUCGCAAACCCUGACACUCAAAGAUGCACAGAGGAAGUCCAGUCUGACCACGACAAUGCAGAGAUGGAGAACGAGGACUUUUGUGCCGUGUGUCUGAUUGGAGGGGACCUGCUGUGCUGUGACCAAUGUCCAAAAGUUUUUCAUCUGUCUUGCCACAUCCCCUCUCUGCUGAGUUUCCCCUCAGGUGACUGGGUGUGCAGCCUGUGCAGAGACGUCGUGCAGCCAGAGGUUCAGUACGACUGUGAGAACGAGAGAACAUCUGUAGAACAUGAACUGCCUGCUUGUGACCAGAGAAAAUGUGAGCGGCUGACUCUUCUGAUCCUCAGUAACAUCCUGAGUGCUCCCUUCCAUGAGCCAGUCAGUCCGCUUGCUCGUCAUUACUACCAGAUAAUCAAGAGGCCUAUGGACCUGUCUGUGAUCAGGGCCAAACUCAGCAAGAGGAAUACUCGACAUUAUAACUCACCAGAACAUUUUGUUGCUGAUUUCUAUCUCAUGUUCUAUAACUGUGCAACGUUCAAUUAUCCUGACUCCGAGGUGGCCCAAGCAGGCCGCAGCCUCGAGGCAUUCUUCACGUCCAAGCUGAAAGAAGUUUACCCAGACAGAGUUUUCCUUGCGGCUGAGGUGGACUCUGACAGCGAUGAGUAUGAUGAGGCCUACAAGGCCGCUGAGAGUGGUUUCCCCUGGCCGGAGAGGAGAGAGCAGUGCCACAGGAAGAGAAAAAGGAGACACUCUCUCAAAUCAAGGAGACAAAACUUCUAACCAGAGGUGAAUGGAGUGCAACCAUGUAUGCAAAUAAGCUGUAUUUGUGGGUCAUUUUACAGUUUUUAUUUAGCAGCCUGUGAGGCUGUCACAGUGUUUCCAUUCUGUAAACUAUUUUGUGGUUUGCUGUAAUAUCACAGCGCUGUCAUCCGAUGGCAGCUGAACAUACUUCAAACAUUUCAAGUGCUAAUGCUAGAGCAAUUAUUAUCCCUGCAGACUUCAACUUCAACUAUUGCUAUUGCUUUUAGUUGUGACUGCAUUUAUUGUAUGUAACUCGGCAACAUUGAAAAUCGAGGUUUUUCCUCAAUGUGUUCCAAGGUUUUAAAUAAAAGAAAGAAAGAAUCGGAGAAGUAGAAAGUGUAAAAAUGGAAAGGUUUCAGUUACAUACUAUAUGCUACACAUUUGGAACCAUAUGUCUUUGUUGGGUCGCUUCAGUAGCUUUAAAACAACUUAUGAGAUGAUGCUGUAAUUUUUACUGUAUUAUUUCCUUUUAUGGCUAUUGAUGAUUUGUUUCUGCUGCGCUAGAAUUUACAUUUAUUUACAUGCAGACCUCCUAAAAUCACAUACCUGAUGUUAUAUGCUCUAUUGUACAAAGAGGAUGCUGUAGUUGAUGUUUAUUAAUCUCACUUUGCAUCUUUAUUAAGUGGAUUUCUGUACUUUUUUUAGGUUAGCAUAGUUCUGAUGAUACACAGCACUUUGAAUCUUUGAUAUGGGUAAAUACUGUAUUUACCAUAUUCGUAAACGCUCAACAUAUUUAUACAUGUGUAACUGUAUAGAACUUUAUUUUACUAUAUUUGUCAUUUUAAUAAUUAAAUGAUUGCAGGCAAUUAUCAUAGGUUUGAUUAUUGUUAUAAUUUUGCGUCUCAGUAGCUUUUUUUCAAAAACAGCAGUGAAUCUUAUAGACUUUGUAUUUUUGACCAGAGUGAUACAGAAUGUGAGUGAUUGACGGCACUAUUACCAGUUUUAGAGCUCAUCUGUAUUUCCAUGUUUGUUAGAAGAUUUAACAUCCAGAUGAAAGGACCCAAGAACAUUUUUAUUUGACAUUUAACCAUAAAUUAAGUUUGUGUAUACAUUAUGUAAGCUUUCUGUUCUACUGUGUUUCAGCCAAAUGUUGUUCUUAUCUAUUAUCUAAAUAUCUCAGGCUUCAUAAGAGUGUAAGGUAUUGAUAUCAUUCAGUAAUGAUGAUUAUUUGUAGAGCCACACUGUUGAAAAUACAUUUUAUAAUACCUGCUGUUGUAGAGCAUUUCCUGUUUUUAAAUAUUCUUUACUUGCUUCCUUCAGCUUAAGUUAGAUUUUACUUGACAUUAAGAGUAAUUACCGCACAAAUUAUUGUCUGUGCACUCCUUGAUCAUUGUCAAGAGUAGUAAGAAGAGGAGUAAUACACUUUACUGUAUGUAAUGUUACUUCCUUUGACAUCAAUAAAUGUAAUAUUUCCUAUUGUAUGAGGGAAGACUGAUAAACUAAAUAUA